AUGCCUUUUAUGCCUAUUCUUGUAUAUACCAGUCGUGCAUUUAUUACUGCUGAUUUCAGGGAGAUGAGUAGUGAUGAAUUCAAAGAAAGGUACCUUGCUCCACUUGAUAAGGCUCUUAGAGAAUCAAACCUUAGUGAUGAUUACUUAUCCAAAAAGUAUCGUUAUCCAUUCGGAGAUGCUAUUCAUGUGGAAUAA